UCAUCCGUGCCGAAAGGUGUGGCUCAUGGCACGAGGGGAGUUGUUGAGGCUCUUGUCUUGAAGGCUAGCUAGUCCUCUGCAAUACUCAUCCUCUCUUUCUGUCGUUCCAUCACACUCCUAAUUACAGAAAGAAGGCGACAUCUGAUUAACUACUCAUCUCCUUUCACUUUCUUCUUAUCUCUCCUAUAAGUAGAGAUACAUUCACUUUCAAGUCAAUCAUUACUUUUUAAUUUUGAAAUGGGCUGCAACCAAACAAUUCCCUCUCUUACUAUUUCACUUCUCAUUCUUACCAUUUCAAGCUUAUCCCACUUCACAUUCCACGCUGAAGGAAGAAAAUUGCUUCAUACCAACCGUCACGGGGAUAAUGAGAUAGAGAGUGAAAAGAGAGCAAUGUUAACAUCACAAAUUGGGUCUAGGCCACCUAGAUGUGAAAAAAGAUGCGGUACUUGCGGUCACUGUGAAGCCAUUCAGGUUCCGACGAAUCCACAAAUUACAAAUGGAAAUAAGAAUCAUACCAUCAACAACAAGAAAGCGUACAACAACAUUGCCUAUGCAAGGGACAAUGACAACUCAAACUACAAGCCAAUGAGCUGGAAAUGCAAAUGUGGGAAUCUCAUCUUCAAUCCUUAAGCAACAACGCAAACUAUAAGUACAGUUACCUUGUACAUGAAUCAUUGCUACUUUCUUGUUUAGUUUGAAAGUUGAGUUUUUAACCCCAAAAUAAUCCCCUUUAAUUUGGGCCCAAGUCUAUUUUAUUACUACCUUAAAUGCGUACAAACCUUUCAAGUUUUACACAACUAACGUAAGUGUAUUAUGUUUUUCCGUGUCCAAGUAAAAUAACAAUCAUGAUCAACGACUUCUUUCUUGCCAUAA